ACACGAUGCCGUUUUAAAUUGCUUGUGAUUGAGAAUAAAGGCGGAGCUCAGGAGUUUGGGCUCACCGAUGUUAUCCAGGGCAAUAAAGAUACUGUAAAUUAUCUUGGGCUGAGAGGACCAAGCAAGGUGUCAGGAAUGCUCCCUGUCCUCCUGCUAGCUGGGCUGAUUCUGGCUCUGUCCAUCCCGGGCACCUUGUGUGAAUCAGCCACGCUGCGUUUCAAGGGGCAGACCGACUUUGUCGUCAGUGAAACCAGCACAGCUGUGGUCCGGCUGGUCGUGGAAAGGGUGGGAGACCCGAUCAACGUGACGGCUUUGGUUCUGCUAGAGGGAGUUGACACCGGGGACUUUGAAGCUGUUAAUGCUGCAGCCUUUCUUCUGUCUACUGAGUCUAGUAAGACUAUUUUCAUUGCUGUAAAAGAUGAUGACCUGCCUGAAGCAGAUGAGACAUUUGUCUUCAACCUUAAACUACAGAGUUCCUCUAAUGGUGUGGUACUGGGAACACCAAACAAGGCAACAAUCACCAUCCUAUCCAAUGACAAUGCCUUUGGAAUUAUUGCCUUUAACUCAACUAAAGAUAUUGUUGUCGAUGAGUCUGGGGCAAGGAAUGUGUCUUUCACAUUAAUUAGAGAAAAAGGAACUUAUGGGAUGGUCAAUGUGAGCUUUGAGGUCUCGGAUGGUCCCAACCCUGCUAUUGAGGAUAUCUUUCCAGACAGAGGCAGCGUCAUGAUCCCUGUAGGACAGGCUGCAGCACACUUCAGUAUCCUAAUUCAGGAUGAUCAGAUCCCUGAGAAUGAUGAAGUGUUUACAGUGAGGUUAACAGGUGUGGCAGGUGGAGCCCUUCUCAACCCCAACGCCAGCGCUGUCCAGCUUAGAAUCCGGCCAAAUGACUGCCCCCUGCGCUUCUCCCUCUCUGUCAUGGUCAUACCAGAAUCUGCAGCUGUCAUCAGCCUCAACGUCACCCGCGGCCGACUGACUGAUGAUGGUCCACUCAUUGGCUCUGUUGACACUAAGGUGUCUGUGGAUUACAGGGUGGUGACUGGUGAAGGAGUGGGCAGCGCAACUCCAGGUGUGGAUUUCCUGGACCUGCAGCCAGUCAAAACCAUCACAUUCCCUUCACUGGUGUUCAAAGCCAGCCUUUUGUUCAAAAUUCUUGAUGAUAACGUACCAGAAAUUGCUGAAUCUUUCCACGUGGUUCUUUUGGAGGAAACUAUAAGAGGAGACGCUGUGCUAGUUUCACCCAAUGCAGUGCUGGUGACCAUCGAGCCCAAUGAUAAGCCUUAUGGCGUCCUCUCAAUUAGCAAUGCUGCUCUCAGUCAGCCAAUCAUCAUCAAUGAGGAUCUGACACAAAGAUUUAAUGGGAUCAUUAUUGUAAGAAAUGGAGGAAGCUACGGUGACGUGUCUGUAAAUUGGUCCAUCAGCAGGAAUUCGAGCGAUCCCUCGCCAGUGUUGGAUGACUUGACGCCCCAGUUUGGAACCGUGAAAUUUGCUGCCGGUCAGGUGACAGCUGUGGUUUCAAUAAAUAUUGUGGCUGAUGAUCAACCUGAAGAAGCAGAGGCUUUUGUUCUGAAACUGCUGCCCAACACUGUUACUGGAAAUGCGGAAAUUGACGAGCCUAUGGAGAUGGUGUUUUACAUUCAGGAUAGCGACGAUGUCUAUGGACUUUUUCGGUUUGACCCAGCCAAGGAACAGAGCAUCCAGAGCGAACCCCAGGGACGAUUCCUCUCUCUAAAUUUUGCAAGAAAUGGUGGCACGCUGGGUAACGUGUCCAUGGCCCUUACUGCACUCUACAUUCCUGCAGGCCCAGUAGAUCCUAAUCUGGCCCGAGACCAGGUUCUGAAUGUUAGCAGGUCUGUUAAUGUUCUGUUUUCUCGUCAAUGGACAGUCCAUGUCAUACUGCCUAUCCGCAAUGACGCCUUUCUGCAAAACGGAGCACAUUUCCUUAUUCAGUUGAAUAAAGUGGAGCUGGUUGACAUCACCCCAUCAAUUCCUUCUAACAGCCCGAGGUUUGGGGGACCUCUUAAUCUGACCUUGACCGUCACCCCUGACAUUGCUAAUGGGGAAAUUGGCUUUACAACUAAUACUACAGUGGUACUCUAUGAACCAGAGGACAGCAAUACCAGCAUGGUUAGCCUCCCUCUGAGGCGGGAUGGGACAGAUGGUCAGGCUGUGGUGUUCUGGAGUCUUCAGCCAAUUGGGGCCAAUCGUAAUGAUGUAACUGCUGAUGAUCUGACACCAUUUAAUGGAUCAGUUGUCUUCCUCUCCAGACAGAGUGAUGCCUUUAUUAACCUUACCGUCAUGGCUGACAAUAUCCCUGAGAUCAAUGAAACCUUGCUGCUCACCCUAGACAGGGUGGAGGCUGCACACUUUAUAGUGUACUUUGGGAGUAAUGUAGAGAAUCAGAUCCUGAAAGCAGGCUUCACCAGCAGAGAGAUUGUCAUCAUGGAGAACGAUGAUCCUGGCGGAGUGUUUGAAUUCUCCCAGUUUUCCAGAGGUCCAUGGUUUAUCAACGAGGGUGAGGCUGUGGAACUGCGCGUGGUCAGAGCUCAAGGACAACUCCUGAAACAGUUGAUACGAUACACAGUGACACCAUCAGGCAGUGCUGAAUUCUAUGGAGCUACAGGUAUUCUUGAGUUUAAACCUGGGGAGAGAGAGGUGGUGGUGGCACUGGUUGCAAAGCCUGAUGGGAUACCUGAGCUGGAUGAGAUGUUUUCUGUGGCACUUAGUAGCCACAGCACUCCACCAAGUCGUCUAGGCAACCACAGGGAGGUCAACAUCACUAUCCGCAAGAAUGAUGACCCUUUUGGGGUCAUUGAAUUUAUCCAAUCAGGACUUACAGUUACCAUCAAUGAAAGCAAAGGAGGUGCAUUACACCAGGCUGUGUACCCUGUAGUGAGGAAUAGGGGUCUCUUUCAAGAAGUGUCAGUUCAGUGGGUCUUGGACCGGGCACUGACUGGAGAUGUUGUGCCCGUUGAGGGGAACAUUACGUUCAAAGAAGGAGAGUACUUGAAAAACCUCACCCUCUCCUCUGUACCUGAUGAGAUCCCAGAAGACAAGGAAAACUUCACCAUCACACUGUCAAAUGCAAUAGGUGGAGCAAGACUGGGAAACAUACUUAGUGCCAGUUUGUGGAUUAACAAGAACGAUGACCCCAUAUAUUUUUCUGAACCAGUCAUUGUACGUGUUCAUGAAGGAGGCGUUGCUAACUUCACUGUCCUGAGGGCAGGCCAAGCUGACUUUAUAGCGACCGUGAUGUAUCGAGUGGAUUUUGGUGGAUCAUCAGCAGAUGACUUUACUGUUCUGACAAAUAGCACAUUAUUAGUGUAUGAUGUGGGGGAAUGGAUGAAGAACAUAUCUGUGGUUAUUGAAGACGAUGACAUACCAGAGACGGAUGAACCUUUUUACAUCAUUUUAUAUAACGCCACAGGCGAUGCUGUAGUUUAUGCUGCAGACACAGCUACUGUGGUGAUUGAAGCUAAUGAUGAUGCCAAUGGAGUUUUCUCUUUGGAAACUGUUAAAAAACCUGUAGAAGAGGGCAAGAGCAACAGCUUUUAUGUGCUACGAGCAAGGGGACACUUUGGAAAUGUAACAGUCUCCUGGCAGCUGUUUGCCAAUGACUCAUUUACACCUCUUGACGAAAACCAGGAGUUUGUACACACAUUUGGCUCCAUCACCUUUACUACUGGGGAAGAAGCCAAGCCGAUUUUCCUGGAGGCCAUCUCUGAUAAACUUCCAGAGUUUAAUGAGUUCUUUGUUCUCAGACUGGUCAAUAUUUCCGGUGGUUACCCAGGGACAGGGGGACAACUUGCUACAACCUCUCUGAAUGCCUCAGUCCUCAUUCCUUUUAACGACGACCCAUUUGGUUUUUUUGCCAUUGCUCCCGACAACCUGGACCAAGAAGUUGCUGAGGAUGUACUCACUGAAACUGAUAUGUCCUAUGUUACUUCCUUCACCAUUCUCCGACAGCGGGGCACUUUCGGCGAUGUGCGAGUUUCCUGGGAGAUUGUGUCUGCGAGCUUCCCACAGGGUCUUCCUCUCAUGGAUGAUCUGUUGCUGCAAGCCUCUUUCCCAGAUGAGGUUGAGCUUAGGCCUCAUGCUAGGAGACACCAUUCAGCCACUGACACUUGGUUCUUCUCUGGCCUUCCAGGAGCUUACGGGACCAUAUCCCCUGAACAUGCACCUGCAGCUGUGGGUAACUUCACCUUCUCAGCUUGGCUGGUGCCCGGACUAAACACUGAUGGCUUCAUAAUGUCCAAAGGAACAAGAAAUGGAAGCUUGCAUUAUGCAGUGAAAGUCCACACCAAUGAGUCCCAUGUCACUGUGAUGCUGUACUAUACAGUUAUAGGUUCAAAUAUUACCCAAGUGGCGAGGGCCACUGCAGAGAAGUUUGUGAAAGAAAAUACAUGGCUACAUGUCAUUAUAACAAUUGAUGAUGGGAUUAUUGAGUUCUUCUUGGAUGGGACCUCUAUACCUGGAGGCCUGAGGAGCAUCAAAGGGGAAGGGAUCAAUGAUGGGGAACCGGCUUCAGUGUUCAUUGGGUCAGAUCUCGAAGGUGGACAGCGCUACACUGGCCUUCUCCAGGAUGUCCGCCUGUACCACACAAGGCUUAACCGCAGCCAGAUCCAUGAGCUCCACACUCAGCCCGCUAAAGUAGACCUGCGAAACAUCUCGGGUUACCUCCGGUACCGGCAGGACGAGAGGCAGAAGUCAUUCGUUGUGGAAACGAGGAACGAUGAGGAGGAGGAAGGAGAGGAGGUGUUCUAUCUGCAGCUGGUGGCUGUGCAUGGUGGCGCACGCCUCCCCUUUCCCAGACCCACUGCUGUUUUGAGGAUCAUGAAGAGUGACAAUGCCAAUGGGCUUUUUGGAUUCACUGGAGCCUGCAUACCUGAUAUCACUGAGGAGGGCUCCACCGUUUCUUGUGUGAUUGAACGUAUGCGGGGAUCUCUGGAUUAUGUCUCCGUGAACUACACUGUUACCCAGAUGGACAGCUUGAAAAGUGAUGGCCCAGCACACGAAGACUUUGUUAAUGCAACUGGAGCUGUGGUUUUCACACCUGGACAGCGCUCUGAGGUGCUGAACCUAGUGGUGUAUGAUGAUAACCUCCCAGAGCUUGCAGAGUCUUUUCAGGUUGCUCUGAUGUCAGCAAAGUCUGCUGACAGGAAGCCAGGCUCCACCCCAACCAGCGGAGCCAGCAUCGAUCCUAAUAACUCUGUUAAUACUGUCACUGUCACAGCAAGUGACCAUCCUUAUGGCCUGUUGCAGUUCCAGCCUAGCCCACCUCAGGAGGGUCUGAUCUCUCCAGCUUUACAACCUGCAUACAUCACUGUUCAUGAGGAGGAUGGUCAGAUCCAGCUGCCAGUUGCCAGAGCCCAAGGCCUAUUAGGAAAAAUCACAGUGGGGUACAGAACAACCCCCUUCACAGCAUCCAGCCCUGAAGACUAUGAGGACUCAAAGGGUAUACUAGAAUUCCUUCCAGGAGACAAGUUCAAGUUCAUCAAUGUGACCAUUGUAGACAACCCUGUCCCUGAGCUAGAAAAGAUUUUUAGAGUGGAGCUCUACAAUGCAGAUGGUGGAGUUGAUCACUUUCUGCACGAUGAAGCGAGUGGUAGUGGGGAAAGCGAUUCUGACUUCCUCCCUCCAUCGUCUCACCAUCCUGGUAAUCUGGGAGUUGCAGCUCGCAUUACCGUUACCAUCGCCGCUUCUGAUGAUGCUCAUGGAGUGUUUGACUUCAGUCCUCAAUCUCUGUUUGUUAAUGGGACAGAACCAGAGGAUGGGCUGAACGCCAUCAUCCUGGUGGUGGAUCGGUCCUUUGGAGACCUCUCUAAUGUGACUGUGUACUGGGAAGUUGAUCCCAGUUCUGAAGGAGAGCUUGUUAGCAGGUUUGGGAACAUCUCCUUUGGUGUGGGGCAGAAAUCAGAGAAUAUAGUUAUCAGUGUAGCCCAGGAUGAGAUCCCUGAGUUGGACAAGAGCUAUCCUGUGUCUCUGGUUAACGUUUCAAAAGGUCAUCUGGGUGUCCGAACAUCUGCCACUCUAACUGUGCUUGCCAGUGAUUAUCCUUACGGUGUUUUUGUAUUCGCAAAUGUUUCGAGAUCCGUUCGUUUUCCUGAAGCGGAUGUAACUGUCUUCCUCACUAUCCGGCGACUAAAAGGAACUAUGGGUCAGGUGCGAGUCACAUAUGGGACGCUAAAACAGGUCGAUCCAGAGCCUUACAGGACUCCUGGAGUGGGCCGAGCCACUGAAGGGCAGGAUUUUGUUCCCCUCCUUGAUUCAGUUGUGUUUUUGGCCAAUCAGACAGAGGCAAACAUUAUGCUCAGAUUGCUUGAUGAUGGUGAUCCAGAACGAGAUGAGGCCGUGUUUGUCAAACUGAUCAGUCUUGAUCUCAUCAAAGGGGAUCAAAAAAGGCCCAUCUCAACUUCUCCCUCUCUGGGCCCCACGGCUGACAUUGUUGCCCAAGUGAUAGUAGAGGCCAGCGACGAUGCUUUUGGAAUCCUUCAGCUGUCUGCUUCUGCUGUCAGUGUAGCUGAACAUUAUGUUGGGCCCAUAAUAAAUGUCACACGAGUUGGUGGGAUUUUUGCUGAUGUGUCAGUCAAAUUCAGAGCUAUACCUGUGACUGCCACAGUCGGCGAAGACUACAGCGUGGCCUCGACUGAUGUGGUCCUUUUAGAAGGAGAAUCCAGUAAAUCUGUUCCCAUCUAUGUUAUUAAUGAUUUGGUCCCUGAGCUGGAAGAGACCUUUGUUAUUGAGCUGAUCAACCAAACAACCGGAGGAGCUCUGCUGGUAGAGCUCACACGUGCCGUCAUCACCAUACUACCUUCUGAUGACCCUUUUGGUGCCUUUGUCUUUCAGGCUGUCCCAGUGACAGUUGAAGAACCAGAAUCCACCUCUGCUGUGGUCACAUUGCCUGUUGUGCGCAAUGCUGGCACUAUUGGAACAGUGGUAAUCAAGUGGCGGGCGACUGUUAAUGGUAAACCAGCAGAGGGGGACAUCAGACCUACAUCUGGAGAUGUUGAAUUUGCUCCUGGGGAGACCAUAAAGACGAUCAGGGUCGAGAUUUUACGUGAUGAUGUUCCUGAAAUUACUGAGAUUAUUAAAGUAGAACUAAUCAGUGCCAGUAAUGGAGGAAACUUGGGAGCUGAUACAUCUGUUAACAUAAUAGUGCCUGCAAAUGACAACCCAUAUGGGACAGUUUACUUUGAACAGACGGUUUAUCGUGUUCAGGAGCCACUGGAGGGAGUUUACAGUGCUAAUAUCACUGUCCGCAGGAGAGGAGGUCACUUUGGUCGCUUGGAAAUCACAUACAGCACCUCUGAAUUUGACAUUGUGGGCUUGGCUCAGGCUCAAAACCAAAGUUUACUGAUGUACUACGGCUCUCCGAAGCCAGGUAUCCCAGCCAACAGUCAAUUUAUGACAGUCAACAUCACAAGUCAGAGAGACCCUGUGGCUGCAUGUGCUGCUGCCUGUCUGAGAGAGCAGGCCUGCCAGGCCUUCUCUCUGUCAUCAGCCGUGACGCCUCUGUCCUGUACAUGGGUUACAUUGGGGGCCGACCAGCUGACAUCUAGAUCUCAGGUUUUGACUUAUAUUAAAAAUAACACUGCAGCUGCUGCCUUGUUUAGUGCCCAGGCUGUGGCAGGAAGUGAUUAUGCCCCUGUCACUGCUCAAAGUGCCUUUAUGGAAGAUGGAUCUGGAACUGCCAACCUCUCAGUCCUAAUCUUAACAGACAAAUUCCCUGAAAUGGAUGAAAGCUUCUCUAUACAUAUCUUAAAGGUAGAGUUGGUAAAUUUGACCACAUCACAGAAAAACAUGCCUACAAUUGGUCAGCCAGACAAGGCUGUAGUCACUAUUGGAGUGAACGGAGAUGCAUUUGGCAUAUUUUUGAUCUACAGUCUCAGUCCCAACGCCACCAAGGAAGGACUCUACCUUGAGGUUCGAGAAGAGCCCAUAGUCGUGCCUCUGGUCAUUGAAAGAAGAGGAGGGAAUCUGGGCACUGUCACUGUAGAGUGGAGAUUUGUUGGAGGAACAGCAACACCAGAUGCUGAUUUCAUUGGGAGUGGAGGGACUCUGGUGUUUGAUGGUGAUCCUAAAAAGACAGUAGAGGUAGUAAUCAGAGAGGAUUCUGAACCAGAGGACAGCGAGAGCCUCAUGAUUGGGCUUGUUAACACAGCAGGAGGAAGUCGUAUCCUCCCCAGCUCAGACACUGUAACCAUAGUGAUACUGGCAAACGAUAAUGUGGCAGGAAUAUUAGGAUUCGAUCCAGGCUCACGUUCUGUCAUUGCCAGAGAGGGUGAGAUAUUGUCCUUAUUAGUGUUGAGAUCCGCUCCAGGUUUGGGUAAUGUCACAGUAGACUGGACUGUUCAAGGUCCUCUUGCUCAUCGCACUUUUGUUCAAACAUCAGGGACACUUUUCUUCAGUAAGGGCCAGCUAAAUGACACUAUAGUCCUGCAGCUUACGGAUGACGCCACACCAGAGAACCAAGAUCAAUACAGAGUGUUACUUUCCAACCUAAAAACAUUUGGUGUUGUAGUGACUGGCCGGGCUGCCCUGGAUGUUCAAGGCAGUGAGGCUGUUCUCACUGUCGACACCAGCGAUCAACCAUACGGGCUGCUGACUAUCGCACCGUCAUCCCUCAGGGUGAGGACAGAGGAACGGGACCAGAUUAUAAAUAUCUACAUCAACAGAGAGUUUGGAGCCUCAGGAGCGGUGAAUAUUACCUAUGAGGUUAUUAGAGGUUCUCUACAAAAUCUGUCUGAGGUGGAAGGUGCUCUUGCUGACCCAGGACAAGACUUUGUGUCUGGCACUGGUUUUGUGAUACUUCAGGAAGGACAGAUCUCAGUUCCCAUUCCUGUCACCAUUCUGGAGGAUGACAUUCCAGAGCUGCAGGAGUUCUUCUUGGUCAACAUAACAUCUGCUGUACUCAUCACAACUCUUGCAACUGUUCCCCAGCUCGACACCCAUGGUUUGGUGGCAGAAGUCAGCAUUGUGGCUAAUGAUGGUAUUAGAGGGGUCAUUGAAUGGACAAGCACCAUGUAUGAAGUGAAUGAAACAAUCGGAGCACUGACUCUCGUGGCCUACAGAAACAAGGGGGCAUAUGGGAAUGUCUCUCUUUUUUUCUUUGCCCAGAACUUGGAAGCUCAACAUGGACUUGACUACAACACUAGUGAAACGAUGCUCCAUUUUGUUGAUGGCGAAAGGCAUAAGUUUGUGGAAAUCCAGAUAAUUGAUGACACAAUUCCAGAGGGAGCAGAGAGAUUCCAGCUAAUCCUGUCUGAGCCUUCACCUGGGCUGGAGCUUGGCAGAAAUACUACAGCUACUGUAAAUAUCCUUGCCAGUGAUGAUGGACAUGGUGUCCUAUCCUUUAACACCAGUGAUCAUUUCCUGUUAAGUGAGCCUACCUCUGGGUCACAGCUGAGCGACAGCAUAGCUAAACUCUAUGUGGUUCGUAACCCUGAGGAAGGCACUUUUGGUGCCGUCUCAGUUCAGUUUGCCAUCAUGGAUGCCAAUGGCAGCUUGGCAGAGGGUGAUGUGAUGCCAACGCUAGGUUUCAUGCUGCUGGAGGAUGGGGUCAGAUUUAAGAUGCUGGAGGUCCGGGCAGUUCGUGAUGCUGAACCUGAAGGGAACGAAACCUUCACAUUGACUCUCUUCAAACCAACAGGAGGUGCACGGCUUGGGGACCAGCUCCAAGUUCUCAUCACUGUCCUGGAGAACCUAGCCCCUUCAGGCUUGUUCCGAAUUGGACCCUCUCUCAAUAGGACCAGCACAACAAUGGUUGCUGAGGAAGGGAGCAAAGCAGUCUUCCUCACUGUCUCUCGCAGUAAUGGCUUGGGGUCAGCAGUUAGUGUAGAGUGGGAGAUGCAGUCUGACACAGCUACAGCCUCUGAGGGUCCCCUCCCAGUCAUUGGCUGGUAUCAGAGCUUUGAGGACAGCCCCACAUCUGCUUGGUGCUCCAUUCCAGGGGACUCUUCCUUCUUGGCUUUGAGACUGGACCUGAAGCCAGCGGUCGGGGCCAUCCACACUCUGGCAACUCUGUAUCGGUGGCAAGGUGUUUUUGUGCCAAUAGAGUCGGUCAGAAUCAAAGACCCAACCUCAUGUGUUGCGUUUGCAGUCAAUAGUUCUACAUACAUAGGUAUUACACACGGUGGCCCCCCCUUCUUCCCUGCUGCCAAUCUUAGCAUAUUUAAGCUGCAGAAGGAACUCAACAUCAAAUUGGAACAAAUCUUAGGUGUUGAAGCCCCUGAUGUGAAACACUUCUUCACUGAAGGCAAAAACUACCUAAUAGCAUCUAGCCAGAUAUUUGUUUGGACUGGCGGCUCCUUUACACUCCACCAGACUCUCAACUUUAAACAGAACAUCCUCAAUCUAGCUCCAUUUACGCAUGCAGAUGUGCUCUACCUGUUAGUGUGCAUAGACAGCCAGAGUGGGAGCUGCCAACUCCUGCAGUGGACCCGUGGCAGAUUUCAGAAUCCACAAACUCUCCCACUCUCAGGCAGAGCCAUUCAGGUGGAGGCAGUCAACAUGAGAAGAGGGGAAACUCUGCUGUUGAUUGUUGUUGAAGAUCGCUCUCCAUCCUGUGAGGUGUUACUGUGGAGUUUAGCAAAGCCUUCACCGCAGCACUAUCAGUCCAUUCCACACCCAGGGCUCAUCUCUAUUCACUCCUUCACUGUGCCCUCGGGGAUCACGUAUGCCCUGCUAGCUGGAAGAAAUAGUUCUUCCUUUUACUCCUGGAGAUCUGAUGUCAACCUGUUCACCAUGAUCCUGAGGGUCCCAAGAGCCAACAACUUCCUCUCCUUCAUGCUGCCAUAUCUCAACACCACAAAGGUGCUUUUGGCUUCCUCUGAGGAUAAUAGCUCCACUGUCUAUGAGUUCACCUCUGUCUCGAAUCAGUCUGAUUUCAUACCCAGCUCUGGGGAGUUGUACUUUGCUCCUGGUGAUAGUAAGCUUGAUCUGGCAGUGAACAUCAUCGAUGAUGACAUCCCUGAGGUGGAGGAGAGCUUUGUGGUCAAGCUGAAGAAUCCAAAGGGAGGGGCUGAGAUUGGGUUUGGUGGCCAGGUGACAAUUAUUGUCCCAACUAACGAUGAUGCCCAUGGAGUUAUUGGCUUUGCUCAGAAUUCAUUAUACAUGGAGGUUGAGGAGUUGGAACAAAAUAAUCAAAUUUCACUCCAUGUUGAGAGAAAAAGAGGAAGUUUUGGCAGACUGACUGUUCAUUGGGCGGCUAACGUUAGUUUGGCAGACAUUUACCCCACGUCUGGAGUGGUGACAUUCUCUGAAGGUCAGACAGUAGCCAUCAUCUCAAUAGCCAUUGUAGCAGAUGGUUUGCCAGAGUUAUCCGAGAGUGUCGUAAUCACCAUAUGGGAUGUCACCACUUUGGGUCUUCAGAACAUGCAACAGGGUGCAGUCAUUGACAGGCAACGGGCUCAGGCUCUGCUCACCAUCUUACCAAAUGGCUCCCCAUAUGGCGUGAUUGGAUGGCAUCUAGAUUCCCUGUUUACGCUGACACAGGAACCACAGAGAACUCCAGUCAACGUGACUCUAUCUGUAGUAAGGGAGCAGGGGUCUUCAGGUGAGGUGGUGGUCCAUUACCAGACGAAACCAGCCUUGCACCAACCCCUUUCCAAUCAGGCUUCUGCAGGAGAAGACUACUUAGCCAAAGAUAACAACGUUAUCAUGUUCAAUGGUGCCACUGUGGCCCUUGUCUCUAUCACUAUCCUACCAGAUGAUGUCCCAGAGCUUGCAGAAAGUUUCCUGGUGAAUAUCACUGGAGUGGAGCUAGUAAGAGGGUCUGUUGGAGCAGGUCGGCCAAGUCUAAGGAGGCCUGGGAUGGAAGUAGCAGAAAUCACCAUCCAGGAGAAUGAUGAUCCGCGAGGGGUUCUGCAGUUCAAUUUGUCUAAGGAUUCACCUGGAAGUGCGCUGGCCUAUGAGAUGCCACCACCAGACAAUAUCCUGCAUCUGUCAGUGGUACGACUUGCUGGCACGAUUGGAAGACUGGUUGCCUACUGGGAGGCUCAGCCGAUCACAGCUGAUCUCAGAGACUUCACUCCUGUAUCAGGAAACAUCACUUUUCAAGAUGGCCAGAAAGAAUCCACUAUAGUCAUCACCAUCUUGGAUGAUGAAGAAGUAGAGGCCUCAGAGACCUUCAGAGUGGAUUUGCUACAUGUGAUCGGUGGAGCUCGUCUUGGACAAGUGACCUCUGUAACUGUUGUGAUUCCGUCUAAUGACUCACCUCUCGGACGAUUUGGAUUUCAAACCUUGGAGGUUGUGAUCAGUGAGCCCGUGUUUGUGGACGACCCUGCGGCUGUGGCAACACUUACAGUAGUGCGUAGUCCAGGAGGUGAGGGUGCAGUGGCAUUGGUGUGGCAGGUGGAAGACCAGGCAAUGUAUGACCUCUCCCCUGUCAAUGGAACACUUGUCUUCACUGAGACUGAGGAUGUCAAGUCAUUUGUGAUCAGAGCCCUCUCUGAUAAUGUACUGGAAGGAGACGAACACUUCAAUAUACGCUUGUUUCUUGUCGACAGUGGUGCUGUCAUCGACCCCUUACACGGAGUGGUUACAGUCAUCAUCAGAGCAGACAAGGCUGCACUGGGAAUUAUUGGCAUUGCAGAGUCAUCUCAGAACAUUAUCAUCGGAGAACCUCAGGGAGACUAUAAUGGAACUGCCAUGGUCAACCUUUUUCGGGGUCCGGGUGUUUUUGGAGAGGUCCAAGUGUAUUGGAAUAUUACUCCAGCUUUGGUUUCUGAAUUUGAAACUAUUUUUGGCACUGUCACUAUGAAUCAUGGCCAGUCUGUUGCCACCAUUACUCUGAAGGUCCUUGAUGAUGAACUUCCUGAAGAACGACAUGAUUACCAGCUCUCACUGACCUCUGCUACUGUAGGACUGGAAAUAAGUCCCAUUGCCAGGCAUGCCAGAGUUACCAUGGCAGCAAGCGAUAUCCCUCAUGGACUUUUCUCUUUCAGGCUACUUCAGCUGACAGCAAAAGAAGAGAAGGAAAUGGUCAAUGUGACAGUGAUUCGUUCCUAUGGCAGUUUUGGCAGUGUGCUGGUCACAUAUGAGACCUCGGGCUACACAGCAGUCAGUGGAAUGGACUUUGUUCCAGCUUCAGGACGACUACUGUUUACACCGGGCCAAACCUCACAAGACGUCACACUGCAUAUCCGGGACGACAGUCUUCCAGAGGGACCCGAGCUUUUUUUUGUUAACAUUACCAAUGUAGAUCUUGUAAAUCACAGUGCUGUGGACUACACAGUGAGAGAGUCAGGACUGCAGCUGGACCAACCUCCAGCUAUUGGAAACGUAUCUUCUCUGUUUGUGGUUAUACUGCCGAAUGACAAUGUUGAAGGUGUCCUGGAUUUCAGGCAGGACUAUCUGAAUAUUACAGUUGAGGAAGAUGUGGGUCAUAUUUUGAUCCCAGUGGUGAGAAGAAUGGGUUCCUAUGGGACGGUCUCUGCUCACUUUAUUUCGAGAGGCUUGAGUGCGACCCCUAAUCUUGACUACUUCCUGCACAAUGGCUCACUGAUGUUUCUCAGUGGCCAGAAUAUAAGCUUCAUUAAUGUCACUAUUAUAGAUGACUUAGACAGUGAACCUUCAGAGAUAUUUGAAAUCGUUCUAGUUGGAGCUGUUGGCGGAGCAGUUCUGGGCUCCCAAAGUGUUGCAAGAGUUACCAUUGGCAAGAGUGAUUCUCCAAAUGGAGUGGUCCGCUUUGUAAAUGAAAGUAUAAUCACUGUGGCAAACCCAAACUCUGCUUUGAAGCUGAGCCUGGUUUUGGAAAGAGCAGGAGGCCUUGUGGGCAACACAACGGUUGCUUGGAACAUCCUCGGUCCAAACAGCAGAGAUCCCCUGCCUGCUUUAAAUACUGACUUUAGAGCUCCUGUGAGUGGCUCUUUCUUUUUUAAAGAUGGAGAGGAGAGUAUGGGUAUCAUAGAGCUGCGGAUUCUGCCUCAUGGAGAAGUGGAAAUGGAGGAAACAUUUGUUAUAGAGCUGAGCAUUCUUUCUGGAGAGAUGGAUGUUGAUCCUCAGGCUGGUUCAGUAACACUCAAAAUAGAGAAGUUUGGAGACCCUAAUGGUAUAGUCCAGUUCACUGCUGAUGCUCUUCAACGGCGUGUCAUCAAUGAAUCCACAGAAGCAGAAGGCCCGCUCAACAUUUCCUUGUUCAUCACACGCAGAGAGGGAACCAUGGGCAACAUCACAGUCCAUUGGCAGAUUCAGAGUGACUCAGAUACAGUGGGUGACUUCCUAGCCUUAGCUGGUUCUGUGAUGAUUGUGGAAGGCCAAAGGGAGGCAGAGAUUAUCCUUAGCCUGAUGCCUGACUCAGUGCCAGAGCUGGAGGAACUCUACAUCGUUCAGCUUACAGCUGUGGACGGUGGUGGGACCCUGGAUGCCAACCCAGACCUGAUCAGAACUCAAAUAAGGGUGCCUGCAAAUGAUGAACCGCAUGGUGUGUUUUCCCUAAACCCUAAGCAGCAGUCUGUAGUGGUGGUGGGUUCAGGGUCUCAGGUCACUAGAGCUCUGGUUGUGAAUGUGACUCGACUUGCUGGGCUGUUUGGUAAUGCCAGUGUUGGCUAUAAGAUUAGUGGAAGGGGAACGGAAGUAAUGGACAUUCAGGAGAUACUGAGAGGACAAGCUGAAGGAAGGCUGCUCAUGAGAGAGGGACAAGCCUUCAUUCAAAUCACUGUUCCCAUCAGUAGCCAAGCCUUUUUGUCAUUGGAUGAAAGCUUUACCGUAGAGCUGACUGAUGUUAGACUUGUCAGCACUCUCCAAGGCUCUCUGCCUCGUCUGCUUCAUAGCACCAGUUCUGCUGUGGUGACCAUACCUGAAGAAGCUGCCAGCUCAGAGGUUGGAUUUGCCUCACUGGAUCUGCAAGUUUUGAGUGUAGAAAUGGGAACAUGUGAGGCAAAGGUGACUCGAAAGGGGCUUUUUGGUGAUGUCAGGGUGCAGUGGAAAGCUGGUUAUCCUUCAGAAAAGAAUCCACCUGGCUUCAGAACUGGGCAUAUAGUUCCAAACUCAGGUUCUGUCACCUUGGCUCAUGGAGAGAAGACCAAGUCCAUAUCUUUUACAGCUUUUUCUGAUGCUUUACAGGCAGCUACCUAUGCUGUACAUCUCACUAAUGCCACAUCAGGCACUGGUGGGCCUGGUGCUGUUAAGCUAAGGUCAGGCUUUAAUGUGGCAGAAGUGGAACCAUUGGGUAUUUACCAAUUUGCUCCUGAUUCUCGCCAGCUUGUAAUUGCAGAGGACAUCCAGACUAUAACACUUUAUGUUCAGAAGCUGUACGGAUACCGCAGCAACACGACUUACCUGUCCUACACAACAUCAGGGGGCAGUGCAGCAGCAGGAGAGGAUUUUCUCUUUGUGUCAGCUGGCCGCUUGGUGUUUGGCUCACCUCAGCAAACAAAUGCUUCAUUUAGCCUUUCAAUCAUUGAUGAUGCCGUGUCAGAGCCCGACGAGUACUUUUACGUCAACUUAACACAUGUUGAGGUCCUUACUCCAAAUGUAACCUGGGCAGAUACACUGCCUCGCCUCAAUCCACAGCACAAGGUGGCCACUGUCACCAUCCUGGCCAGUGAUGCAACUAGUGGAGUCUUGAGCAUUGGACCUGAACUUGUCCAAGUGCAGGAGGACAGAGAUGAAGCCAAUCAGCAGGAGCGAAGGGUUAUACUUAGGGUUCGCAGGUCAUACAGUGUUGCAGGGACUGUGAGUGUUCGGAUCCAGGCAUAUGGAGGUGGGUUUUCUUUUACACUGGAAAAUAUUUAACUUUAUUUAGUCUGUACUUUUCCUCAAACUUGUGCUGUUGUAUUGUGUUACUUAGAUGGAAGUACAACGAGUCUUCCCUUCACUCUGGAACCUACCAGGGUUCUCGCAAAGCAGGAGCAGGACUUCCGCUUGGAGACCACAGUAGUGUCUCUGCAGUCUGGCGAGAAAGAGACAGAAGUUGUCCUCAUCAUCCUGGAUGACUUGGAGCCAGAGGGACAGGAAGUAUUUUUUAUCUACCUCAGUGAUCCAGAGGGAGGAGCUCAGAUCACAGACAGCCCGUCCAAGGGCUUUGGAUCAUUUGUGAAGAUUACUAUCCUUGGGAGUGAUCUUCAUAACGGUAUUGUAGGCUUUACUCUUGGCUCCCUGAUGGGCCAGGUUCUGGAUGAAGAUUCAGAGAACAGAACUGCUUUGCUCUACCUGCAGAGACAGGAAAACAGAGCUUUUGAAGAUUUGCAGGUCUUCUGGAGGGCUACCUUUAGUAAAGAAUCUUUAAGUCUUGUUAAAAAUGGAGUAAACCUAACCUCACAACUUGUGCAGACUUCAGGAGCAGCAAUCUGUCAAAAAGGAGAGAUCAUCUGUGUGCUCAUUCUGGAGGUUCUGGAUGAUGAGGACCCAGAAUACCAGGCCUGGUUCUUGGUAGAAAUUUAUCAAGUGGGAGCUGGAGCCUCCAUUAAUGAGACAACUCGUUUUGCCAACAUCACCUUGGCAGAGAGCGACAACCCGCAAGGUGUUGUGUACUUUUCUGUUGGUCAUAGACUGCCAGUCGCUACUGUGAUGACUACAAGGCUCAGCUUGCAGCUCUACAGACAAGCAAGCACAGCUUCAACCAUAUCCCUUCGGUAUCGCACAGUGGAGCUUGCUGGGGAAGAGAUGGUUGGUCCUUAUGUCAUCUGGCCUGCUAAAGAGGGGAUGGACUUUCCCAAACAGGAGGGCCAAGUGACCUUUGAAGCUGGGACCCACAUCACAACACUAGACAUUUACCUGACACCUGACCUUGCCUCAUCUUCACCCACACCGAAGCGCUUUCAGGUGGAGCUCUACAGUCCUACAGGAGGAGCCAGUGUUCACUCCCAGUUUGGACUGGCUAAUGUGACUCUGGUGUCAAAUGCAGCAAGUCAGUCGGUGUGGGGCUUGUUAGAACCAUUACAUCAGCCUCUCAACCCAACAAUAAUAAAUCAGGUGCUGCAAGGACUUAAGACUAAAUUCACUUCAACUCUGACCCAUGAACAGAUGACUGCCGUGCUUCAAACUCUUGGGAAGGUACUUGCAGAGGCAGAGCAGACUCCUCUUCAUUCAAGCAGCCAAAAUUUGACCUAUGACCUGUUAUGUGUUAUGGCCAAUCCCAGCCGCGUUGACACUAGAGGUCUAAGCUACCUUGCCGAGGUGGCAGAGCGGUUCGCUUUCUCCCUUAUCUCACAUGUCCAGUGUGAGAUAGUGAGUACCGUCAUGGAAACAUGCCCAUUUAUGACCAUAUCCGCCUUCCAGUGGUACCCAACACAGAUUAAUGGUCACAAAUACAGGGGCGGCAAUUCCGACUUCUUCCAGUUUCCAGAUACCCUGCUGCCAGUGCCAGCAGCCUCAUCAGCAGACUGCAGGAACCUCAGCAGGAUUCAGCUGACUGAGUUCAGAACUGAACACUGGUUUCUUAGCAGUGACACAGUCACAGCUGUCAGUGGGAAAGUAUUCUCAGUCAGUCUCCAGGAGAGAAGGUCACGACCCCUAGAAGAUGGCAAUGAGGUGAUAUAUCGCAUCAACUCUCCUGGUCAACAAGUUAAACCAGGAGCAUCUGUGUGCCUUCUCUGGAACCAAACCAAUGCAAGUUGGUCAUCUGAUGGACAAUACUGCAGAGUUGUGAAAGAAAGUGGCAGUUAUGUGGAGUGUGCGUGCUCCCACUUGUCUAUCUAUGCAGCCCAUUCAGAAUUUGCUGCACAUGCAUCCUACAACGAGGCCUUCUUUGCAUCAGGAUUUAUUUGUAUCUCAGGGUUUGCAUUGGCCAUCUUAUCCCAUGUGUUGUGCUCCCGUUCUCCCAUGUUUGCUGCCAAAUUGCUCACCCACAUGUUGGUUGGCUGCCUUGGUACCCAGAUAGGUUUCCUGGUGUCAGCUUUCCGUGGUCCAAUAUUUUCAGAUGACAGCUGUUCUACUCUGGCUCUAUUCUGCCACUAUUUCCAUAUGAGUCAGUUUUUCUGGAUGCUCAUACAGGCAGUAAACUUCUGGCAAGUGCUGGUGAUGAAUGAUGAGCACACAGAGCGGCGCUACCUGCUCUAUUUUCUCUUAGGCUGGGGACUUCCUGCCCUGGUCAUCAUUGUCCUGGUUAUUGUUUUGCUUGGUGGCUUCGGGUGGACCAUACACGCUGUGUACGGACUGGUGCAUGGAGAUGUGUGCUUCAUCCCAAACAUCUAUGCAGCUCUUUGCACAGCGGUGUUAGUGCCUCUCGUGUGCUUGGUUGCAGUGCUGGUCAUAUUUAUCCACGCCUACCAGGUAACUGAACAGUGGCGGGCCUACGAUGACAUUUACCGUGGCAGGACAAACAGCACAGAGGUGCCGCUGGUCCUUUACCUGUUUCUGCUCAUCUCACUGGUCUGGUUGUGGGCAGGCCUCCACAUGGGCUACAGGUACCUGUGGAUGCUCAUCCUCUAUGUCAUCUUUAACUGCCUGCUGGGCCUGUAUGCAUUUGCAGUGUACUUCGUCAUGCACAACCAGCUGUGUUGGCCGACUAAAGCAAGUUACACUGUGGAGAUAAAUGGCCACGAUCGCCCUGACUCUGCCUUUCAAGCAGGGGGACCAACAACAGUAGGAGGCGACAUUAGCAAAUCAACUCAGAAUCUCAUCAGCGCCAUGGAAGAGAUAUCAGCCGACUGGGAGCGAUCAUCACUGCGGACUAGUAUUCAGCCCACCAGUGUGUUUAAGCCAAGCCCUGUGAUGGAGACCUUCACCACUGAGGGAAGCUUUGUUAAUAGCAACCUAGUCACCACGGACGAGGAAUCGCAGGAGUUUGAUGACCUUAUAUUUGCCUUAAAAACUGGGACUGGCCUUCAAGUAAGUGAUGACGAGUCCAUACCUGGAAGCCACGACGGAGGCAGCGUCACCAACUCCCAGAUUGUCGAGCUGAGGAGAAUCCCCAUCGCUGACACCCACCUCUAAACCUCUCACUUUAUGCAGAGACGUUACAAGACAGUAUUUUUAUAUUGUAAAACCUUUGCACUAAAACGUUUUGUUUUUUUUAAUCGAUCAUUUGCAUACAUGUUUGGUACUGUACAUUGUUUUUACUGCACAUCUGUUCACAUACAGUAUAUACACAAAUGUACUACAUUUAUUUUGUAAAAGUUGAUUUCUUUUUCUGAAUGUAUAUUUUGUUGACUUGGUUUUUAUUUUUCUGUUCAGAGUUUGAUUAAUCAUUGUACCUCAUAAGCAAAAAUCCUCUGCUCCUGACAAUGGAGAUUGUGUAACACUGUCAAUAAAUAAUGCAGCACAUAUUCACCAUCAA